AUGGCCUCUGAGCUGAAGACCGAUCCUAAGUACGACGACUAUGAAUACCCCACCACAAGCCCUAAUGUUCAGAGUGGCCAUCCAGGGCAUACAACGCCAGAGCAAGAUGCUCAGGUCUUCCAGCUGCGCACACAAUUAGAGCAGGCAGGCUAUACGGAGCGAUUAGACACUUUAUGCAUGGUCAGCAUCGUGGAUGUGGUGUUUCGGCCCAGUGCAUCUUUGACACUCAAUAGCUUAGGUUCCUACGCGCACGAAAGUUCAACGUCGACCAUGCAAAGCAAAUAUUGCGAGAAAUGGAGGAAAGACUUUGGUGUUGACGAGCUCGUACGGACAUUUGAUUACAUAGAGAAGCCGAAGGUCUUCGAGUACUACCCACAGUACUAUCAUAGAACGGACAAGGAGGGGCGACCAGUCUACAUCGAGCAAUUGGGCAAAAUUGACCUUGCCGCCAUGUACAGGAUCACCACCGCUGAACGAAUGCUGCAAAACCUUGUCGUCGAGUACGAGAAGCUCGCUGAUCCCCGCCUGCCUGCCUGUUCACGGAAGUCUGGACAGUUGCUCGAAACCUGUUGCACCAUCAUGGAUCUCAAAGGGGUCGGUAUCUCCAAAGUGAGCUCCGUGUAUGGCUAUGUCAAACAGGCUUCGGCAAUCUCCCAGAAUUACUAUCCUGAGCGGCUGGGGAAGCUCUAUCUUAUAAAUGCGCCUUGGGGCUUCUCCUCUGUCUUCAGCGUGGUAAAAGGCUUUCUUGACCCUGUGACUGUUCAGAAGAUCCACGUUCUGGGUAGUGGUUAUCAAACCGAGUUGCUUGGACAAGUACCAAAGCAGAACUUGCCAAAGCUUUUCGGCGGAACUUGCGCGUGCGAAGGCGGCUGCGCCCUGAGCGACGAGGGUCCUUGGCAAGACUCCGAGUGGACCAAAGCACCAAAAUGGGCGCGGACAGAAGGAGAAUCAAAGGGGAGUAAACCAACCAGCACUACAUCUGCUGUGCAGCCUCAGACUGCCUAA